AUGAAGCUGUCACUCCUCCUCAUUGCCGCCCCCGCGGCACAGGCCGCGGUCUCAUACAUGUCAGCCGUUCCUGACAAGCUCAUGGCCAUGGUCGAGGCAUCAGGAGACUGCAACCUACCCGACGACUUCCAGAUCCAAAACUUUACCGCCGAGUCAGCGGAUGGCAAGACGGCGGACUCGCUCGACUUUACCUUCAACGACGACAGCACCGUUCUCAACACGCAGUGCCACCUCAACGCCUCGUCGGUACCGGUGUCCGGUGACGGGCGGACACCGAGGUACACUUGCGACAACGCUAGUGUGCAAUUCAUUUGGCAGAAUGGCACAAUCACAGUCAUUGAGAAGGUUUGCCCUGGUGACGACGGUGCCGCCGAUUACGAGGCUUCCGGGACGGCCGCGGUUCCGUUGGUGUGCGACGGAGGCGCCGCGAACGGGACGGGCAACGCCGCUAGGUCACACAGGCGUGCAAGGAGGGCAGCCGUUGCAUGCAAGUCCAACUCGGACGACAUCCGAUCGAGAUUCUUCAGCAUCCAGCCGGUUGGUUGA